UGCCACCGUCUCCAGUGGGUGGUUGUCUGGUCAGAGGAUCCGAGCCUUUCUUUGGGCGAGGGGAUGAGGAGAAGGGGCGGAGCCAGAGGCCUCCGGGAACUGUUUUAUCUCCGGUGUUCGCGCACCUCGGAAGAAAUUUGGAGGGGAAACGCUUAGUGGAUCCUCCGCGGGGCGAGGGGAUCAGAUAAUAAUCAUGGCAAUGACUGGUCCAGCACCUUGUUCAUCUAUGAGCAAUCAUACCAAGGAACGAGUUACAAUGACAAAAGUGACUCUAGAAAAUUUCUACAGCAAUUUGAUUGCACAGCAUGAAGAACGGGAAAUGAGACAAAAGAAAUUAGAAAAAGUGAUGGAAGAAGAAGGCUUAAAAGAUGAAGAGAAAAGAAUCAGGAGAUCAGCACAUGCCCGAAAAGAAACAGAGUUUCUGCGCUUAAAAAGGACAAGACUUGGAUUGGAAGAUUUUGAGUCGUUAAAAGUAAUAGGCAGAGGAGCAUUUGGAGAGGUACGGCUUGUUCAGAAAAAAGACACAGGGCAUGUAUAUGCAAUGAAAAUCUUACGCAAAGCAGAUAUGCUUGAAAAAGAACAGGUUGGCCAUAUUCGGGCAGAGCGUGACAUUCUAGUGGAGGCUGACAGUUUAUGGGUUGUAAAAAUGUUCUAUAGCUUUCAGGAUAAGCUAAACCUCUACCUAAUAAUGGAGUUCCUGCCUGGAGGAGAUAUGAUGACACUAUUGAUGAAAAAAGAUACCCUAACAGAAGAGGAGACUCAGUUUUAUAUUGCAGAGACUGUGUUAGCUAUUGAUUCAAUUCAUCAGCUGGGUUUUAUUCAUCGUGAUAUCAAGCCAGAUAACCUUCUUUUGGACAGUAAAGGGCAUGUGAAGCUGUCAGACUUCGGUCUCUGCACUGGACUGAAGAAAGCUCACAGAACUGAAUUCUAUAGAAAUUUGAGCCACAGUCUUCCCAGCGACUUCACUUUUCAGAAUAUGAACUCCAAAAGAAAAGCAGAGACUUGGAAAAGAAACAGACGGCAGUUGGCCUUCUCUACUGUGGGAACUCCAGAUUAUAUUGCUCCAGAGGUCUUCAUGCAGACUGGCUACAAUAAACUGUGUGACUGGUGGUCACUUGGGGUCAUUAUGUACGAAAUGCUAAUUGGUUAUCCUCCUUUUUGCUCAGAGACUCCUCAAGAAACGUAUAAGAAAGUAAUGAAUUGGAAAGAGACUCUGAUAUUCCCUCCAGAAGUUCCAAUCUCUGAAAGAGCUAAAGAUCUUAUUCUAAGAUUUUGCUGUGAAUGGGAACACCGAAUUGGUGCUCCAGGUGUUGAAGAAAUCAAAACAAACCCUUUUUUUGAAGGAGUUGACUGGGAGCAUAUCAGGGAGAGACCGGCUGCAAUAUCCAUAGAAAUUAAAAGUAUUGAUGAUACUUCAAACUUCGAUGAAUUUCCAGAAUCUGAUAUUCUUAAACCAGCCGUGGCCACAAGUAACCAUCCAGAGACAGACUACAAGAAUAAAGACUGGGUCUUUAUCAAUUACACGUACAAGCGUUUUGAGGGGUUGACAGCUCGAGGGGCGAUACCAUCCUACAUGAAAGCAGGGAAGUAGUGACUUGCAACAGAACUAUUUCUGAGUCUUGGUUCUUGCCUGGCAGCACAAUUUCUUUUCUCGCCUUCCAAGCUUUACCCACAGACUGUGAAUUCAUAGAGUGCAGGAUAACAUCCUCGUGCACCGUUUACAUAUAGAUGGAUUUAUCAUGGGAAUAUUUAUACAAAUGGCAUUUGUGGCCUGCAUUUGGAGGACUUGGUGUGGAUGUAGAUUCUUCUUCUGGCUUUAGUUAAAUUUUGAAGACUGUUUCAUCAACCAAGAGGAAAGAGGAAACAUUACAAUGCAUAGUGUAAUUUGAGUUUUUUGUUUUGCGUGUUCUAUUUUACUAGUGCUGUACUAAGCAUUGUUCUAAGGGCUAAAAUGUAAAGAAACAGAGCAAUAACGCUUAUAAGAGAAAAUUCUCGGUAAGUUAUCCCAUAGGAGGGCAAAACCAGUAUUGCCUUAAAGUCACUAGAGUACUGUAUACUUUGGUCAAAAGCUUUCUGAAUAGCAAUUUUUAUUCCAACUCAACAAUAGCCUCAAAACCUACUGCACUUUACCCUUGGUACUAAAAUACUGACCCUCCAGUUGUAAACUUUUUAAUAAAUUUCCAUCUUGUAGAUCAUGUUGGUUUUUGUGAGCAGUACCAAGAAACAAGCAUGGUAACUAAUUAGAUUUAUUGUUCGUAGCUAACCUGGUAAAAAGCAAAUUACUGUAAAUAACAUUAGCACAUGGUAACUAAUUUGGCAAGGAGCCAUGUUGCUGCACAUCUGCAGGAUGUGCGUAAAGAUGCCUUUUCUUCAUGCCAGUCAUUGCCAGAUGAGAAUGGUAAUGUGUAAGGAUUCAGCAUUACAUUGUUCUGGAGAACUUAAUUCUUUGCAGCUGGAAUACCAAGAGCCCUAAAGUGCCUUCAGAAUGCUUCCUAUGAAGAAUGCUAGUUAAAACACUUAGGUUAGAGGGAUUUCCAUAAUCUGACUUGUUUGUUUAACAUUCAUGUGUAGUUCCACACGUCAAACUCUGCUUGUGCUGUUGGAUGGCAUUAACACUCUUUAAACUGUUAGUUAUUGAACUCUCUCACACACACCCAUCUCCAUAUAAUGCACUAGACUGCUAUUAUUUAGUGUCUCCAUGUCAUUCACCAUUGCCACCUGCUGCCCUGGGCAUGCAGUUCUUCGAAAUACACAGGAGGGUGUGUUCCAAUUAUUAGUGACAAGCCCCUAAGAGACAGAAAAAGGGAAUGGAGUUGGAUUUUCAUGUACACCGGGAUCUACAUUGGACAGCUUGGUGAAAUAUGAACAUUUGAUUUAGCCUCCUGCAGUUUCAUCAAUUGAAUACAAGUAUAAACAGUUUUGCCUGCCAGGCACCAAUAUAGUUGGCUUUUUAGAAAAGCUGAUGGUUCCUGCCACAGUGUUACACAGAUGAAUCAGUUAUUUUCCUCAGAUAUAAGUGAGGCUGAUCGGGCGCACUGUGUCAUCAGAUGGGAAAGAGAACUACGAUGUCCCAUUAUUUUCCUAUGUGGAAGCAAUUGUAUGUACUUUUAUAGAAUGCAUCCCUUAUGUGCACUGUAAAAGUCUGCAGGAUCUUUUUUGGUACUCUUCACAGGCCUGAGUGGUUCUACCAUGCAAUUGCUUUAUAGAUAUGGAACUACCCAGAGCUUCAGUUUAAAAAAAAAUGACCUUAGUGAAUGAUGCUAAUGAAAUAUUUUGCAUUUUAGACUGCAGAGAGACUGCAGCCAAGUAACUCUUUCCUGUCCCUGUGUUGUAAUCGGUGUGUUCCAGUGACGUGCUCUACAGAAGGUGGGGCUAGAAUUCUGCUUGCUGGAUAGAUAAAUGUGGUAUAGUUACGUUUCUGGUGCUUGCUGAAUUUUGAAAAUAUGUAGCAUACAUAACUGGUGCAUAUAAAGCCUUUUCUUUAACAGCUGUAGAAGCCUUGGGGGAACCCAAUUGCCUAGAGAGCCAAUAGUUUUCACAAAAGGGGGAAAAACAAGGUUGUGUGUUUGCCUGUUCAUAUAACCAUUUCAUGAAGCAUUUCUGUGCUACAGAGUGAUAGCUAAGUGUGAGCAUUGUAUGUACACUAGGUGUAAUUUUUUUUAGUCUUUUGCCAUUUUUUAUGAAACUAUUACUUUGUGAGAAUGAAUGUUUAUUGUUGCAAGUAAGAACAUAAUUCUCAGAGUCCUCCCAACUCCGUGGCUGCCAGGAUUGGAAUUGGUCACCUAUUGUACCUUUCAGCGAUACCACUGUACUGUUGAAAGAAGAAGGAUGUUUCCACAAGGGUUGAUGGAAUUGAGACUUAUUCAUCUGGAACAUCUGUCUGUGGCACAUCAUUGUUUUAAGAAGGACAAAAAAAGGCCAUUUUACUGAUAUGGAAGCAUUAAGUUCUGGAUUCUUUUACGUAAACGGAACCAACACUAAAACGGGUAUUCACUGAGCAGACCAUCCCAAUGCAGAUGUCGUGUUGACUGUCCUGCCUGGUAGUAGGAGUGGGGCGUGGUGUCAUGAGCUUCCUUUCAAUCCCUCCUCCCAUCACUGGAGAGUAUUACAUUUUCCAGACUUAAACACAGUGAAACAUUAUGACAGGAGUGAUGUGAACCCCCCCAGACCUGUAUCCUUGAAUAGAUAUCAGGAGGGCAAUUCAUAUUUUUAUAGCCUUCUAAAAGUAACUUGGGCAAGUGGGACACCCCCUAACCCCCCAGAUCAUGUAAUUGGAGUACUGGUGUCAUCCCCCACUCCCUGCUGUGGCUGACUCGUUUUGUCACUGCCAAAUUAAUAAACGGUAUGCAGCCUGGUUUAGUCCCCAUGGUUGGCUCCCAGUCUUGUAAUUCUCCUGCCACCAUUCCUGGUUGUGUCUGCACCAACUGUAAUACAUUCUGAAAGAUCAUUCUUUCUAGGCUGGCACAUUUAAUUCUUUGGAAAGUGAUUUUACACUUGUUGCUAUUUAUAUCAGCUUGCUUAUUUUCCUGUUUUCUGGUGUACGGAGGUGAAUAUUUAGUCAUGGCGAGGUCUCUCCGUCAUACCCUGAUAGCUGCAAAAUUACACAUAGGCAUGUGUGAGUGCAGGAGAAAAUCCAGCUUCCUGGUGAAGGUGAAUAUAAGCAAUGCUGCCAGUUGUGUGUGGUUCCUAGCACAGUGUUGCACUUAGGUACUGUUUAACCAAUGUGCCUGGGUUCUGCCAUAUUUUGGCAUAAUGAGAAUUGGUUUUGUAUCUACAGAUUGCUGUUACUAAUUGCUAAAAAAUUGGUAUACUUUGUAUGUGGUUCUGGUAUUUUGUGUAAGGGCCAAGUUUUCAUGGAACAAUCUUUGCAUUCUGAGUUGUUUAAAAAAAUUCCUUUUCAAUAAAUGUAGUUUUGCUAA